GGCGCACAGGCGGCGUCUUUGCCAGGUGCUGCUGCUGCUGCUGCUCAAGUCUCUGCACUCGCUGCGGCCUCUCACAACGGAUCGUCAGGGACGUCUCGUGCGCUCCUACAGAGCGGCGUCGCUGCUUCUGACCGGCGAUCACGAUGAGCUGGGGCUACCUGACGCAGCUGCUGGAUGAGGUUCACCGACACUCCACAUUCUUGAGCAAGCUGUGGAUCACCAUCUUCCUCAUCUUCCGCAUCGUUCUCACGACGGUCGCCGGAGAAUCGAUCUACUACGAUGAGCAGGGCCAGUUCACGUGCAACACGGCGCAGCCCGGCUGCGAGAACGUCUGUUAUGACAGCUUCGCACCGCUCUCCCAUGUCCGCUUUUGGGUGUUCCAGAUCAUCGUCGUUGCCACGCCCACCAUCCUGUACCUCGGAUUCGCUGUACAUCGCAUCACCAGGAUCGAGUACGAGCGAGACGAACGAACCAAGCGAACCGGCGGCUCCGACCGCAUGGUUGAAUGCACGGAGAAAGAGGAGGAGGUGGAAGAGGAGGUGGAAUGGGAGGUGGAGGAGGGUGAAGAAGACGGCAAGGAGAAGCGACGGCAAGGCAACGAGCGGUGGAGGAUUAAGACUGACGGCCUGAUGGUAGCCUACACCCUCCAGCUGCUCGCCCGCACGCUGGCCGAGAUUGGCUUCCUGCUGGGGCAAUACCUGCUCUACGGCUUUGAGGUGGCCCCACGCUUUCAGUGCGUCCGCGACCCCUGCCCGAAUCGUGUCGACUGCUUCGUGUCGCGCCCCACGGAGAAGACCAUCUUCCUUUUGGUCAUGUACACGGUCGCCGGUCUCAGCCUCCUGCUGGAACUGUCCGAGAUUUGCUACUUGGGGUUGGGCGCCCUCCACGACUCGCUGAGCGGGAGGUGCUGGCUGCAGAGCAGGUCCGCGGAGGGCAAACAGGCGGCCCACACGACGCUGGAGGCUUCCAGGGUGAAGGUGGCGGUGGCCCGGGGCAGUCGUCGAGCGUCGCUGGCGCCCCCGGGUUACCACUCGGUGCUGGGGGCCUCCUCUGACGGGAAACGGCACCGGGUGAGUUUCGCGAGGAACGCUCACACCGCUCCUCACACAUUACGGCGUUGACUAUUAUUAUUCAUAAUCAAGGUUUUUGGGUUUAGAUCGCAUUAUCCACUAUACACUACACACUAUACACUACACACUAUACACUACACUAUACACUACACACUAUACACUACACACUAUACACUACACACUAUACACUACACACUAUACACUACACACUAUACACUACACACUCUACACUACACACUAUACACUACAC